AUGGCUACUCCCACAAUUUAUGUUGUUUACAGUAACAGCACAUCGCUAUGGGGUCAACUCGCAUAUGGCAUUCGUCGCAUGAGUGCGUCUACUGUCGGUACUCCCUGUGCUGCUCUUCAGCUCACACACGGCGGUCUCAACUCUAAAGAGCGAUCCGAUUGGGAAGAUGCGAAGAAAAAGAUUCCCGUGAAUCUGCAACAACAGCAUUACGACGAGAUUCCAGAAAAUGCAAGUAACGCGAUCCGCCUUGGUCGCAGCACCGCUGAGGCCUCACUCAACCCACUCAAGCGCUUUAUCGAAAGCAACCGAUACGAAUACCCGUGCGUCGUAGGCGCCACCACCGAUGGCCGCUUCCAUAUGCUUUUUGCUGACAGCGAGCUACCUGACUACGCGCAAUCUCCUAGCAUGUUCGUGAAGACGUUGCAGGUGAGAGCGACGCAGGCGGGUAUCACGUGGAAGUGA